AAACCCUUGCAUGUGAAUUUCAGGGAACUGGGUUGGGACGACUGGAUCAUCGCUCCCUUGGACUAUGAGGCCUAUCACUGUGAGGGAAUGUGUGACUUCCCUCUCCGAUCUCACCUGGAGCCGACCAAUCACGCCAUUAUACAAACUCUCAUGAACUCCAUGAACCCCAGCAACAUGCCACCCAGCUGUUGCGUCCCGUCCAAACUCAGUCCCAUCAGCAUCCUGUACAUCGACGCGGGAAAUAACGUCGUGUACAAGCAGUAUGAGGACAUGGUGGUGGAGUCCUGCGGCUGCAGGUGA